ACGUCGGAGUAGCUGUGCGCCUUUCCGUGUGUGAUUUCAAGAGUUAGGAGCUCGGGAGCCGUUUGCCAAUAUGUAUGACGCGGACGAGGAUAUGCAAUAUGAUGAGGAUGAUGAUGAAAUCACACCAGAUUUGUGGCAAGAGGCAUGCUGGAUUGUAAUUAGUUCCUAUUUUGAUGAGAAAGGCUUGGUGAGACAACAGCUGGAUUCUUUUGAUGAGUUUAUUCAGAUGUCUGUUCAAAGAAUUGUGGAAGAUGCUCCACCUAUAGACCUACAAGCCGAAGCUCAGCAUGCUAGUGGAGAAGUUGAAGAACCGCCAAGAUACUUGCUGAAGUUCGAACAAAUUUACCUCUCCAAGCCUACCCAUUGGGAGAGAGAUGGUGCUCCUUCACCGAUGAUGCCAAAUGAGGCCAGAUUAAGAAAUCUCACGUACUCUGCUCCACUUUAUGUUGAUAUAACAAAAACAGUCAUUAAAGAAGGCGAAGAACAACUUCAGACACAGCAUCAGAAAACUUUUAUAGGAAAAAUUCCAAUUAUGUUGCGUUCAACUUACUGCCUAUUGAAUGGCUUAACAGAUCGUGAUCUUUGUGAGUUAAAUGAAUGCCCCUUGGAUCCUGGUGGCUACUUCAUUAUUAAUGGAUCCGAAAAGGUUCUAAUUGCUCAAGAGAAAAUGGCAACAAACACAGUCUAUGUGUUUGCCAAAAAGGAUUCUAAAUAUGCCUACACAGGAGAGUGUAGAUCAUGUCUGGAGAAUUCUUCUCGACCCACCAGUACUAUCUGGGUUAGCAUGCUGGCAAGAGGAGGACAGGGUGCAAAAAAGAGUGCUAUUGGUCAGCGCAUUGUGGCAACCCUACCAUAUAUCAAGCAAGAAGUUCCCAUCAUUAUUGUGUUCAGAGCAUUAGGUUUUGUGUCUGACAGAGAUAUUUUAGAGCAUAUUAUUUAUGAUUUUGAAGAUCCAGAGAUGAUGGAAAUGGUUAAACCUUCUCUCGAUGAAGCUUUUGUCAUCCAAGAACAGAAUGUCGCACUAAAUUUCAUUGGUUCAAGAGGGGCAAAGCCUGGUGUCACCAAAGAGAAAAGAAUUAAAUACGCAAAGGAAGUAUUACAGAAAGAAAUGCUCCCUCAUGUUGGCGUCAGUGAUUUUUGUGAGACCAAGAAAGCUUAUUUCUUGGGGUACAUGGUUCAUAGGUUGCUGCUAGCAGCUUUGGGUAGAAGAGAAUUAGAUGACAGAGAUCACUAUGGAAACAAAAGAUUGGACCUUGCUGGACCACUACUUGCGUUCUUAUUUAGAGGAAUGUUUAAGAAUUUGCUUAAAGAAGUACGGAUCUAUGCCCAGAAGUUCAUUGAUCGAGGAAAGGAUUUUAACUUGGAGUUGGCAAUUAAAACAAGGAUUAUAUCUGAUGGCCUAAAAUAUUCUUUAGCCACUGGGAACUGGGGUGACCAAAAGAAAGCUCAUCAAGCCAGAGCUGGAGUAUCUCAGGUAUUAAACCGCCUGACUUUUGCAUCUACUCUUUCUCACCUGCGUCGUUUAAAUUCUCCCAUUGGUAGAGAUGGCAAGCUAGCAAAACCAAGACAGUUGCAUAAUACGUUGUGGGGAAUGGUGUGUCCUGCUGAGACUCCAGAGGGCCAUGCUGUAGGACUUGUGAAGAAUUUAGCUCUGAUGGCUUAUAUUUCAGUUGGAUCUCAACCUUCUCCAAUUCUGGAAUUUUUAGAAGAAUGGAGUAUGGAAAAUUUAGAAGAAAUUUCUCCUGCAGCUAUUGCUGAUGCAACCAAGAUUUUUGUUAAUGGCUGCUGGGUUGGAAUACAUAAAGAUCCUGAACAACUUAUGAACACUCUACGGAAAUUGAGGCGUCAGAUGGACAUCAUUGUGUCUGAAGUUUCUAUGAUCAGAGAUAUUCGAGAGAGGGAGAUUCGGAUCUAUACGGAUGCAGGCCGUAUUUGUAGACCACUUCUGAUUGUGGAAAAACAAAAGCUACUUUUGAAGAAGAGACACAUUGAUCAAUUGAAAGAGAGAGAAUAUAACAAUUACAGUUGGCAGGAUCUUGUGGCCAGUGGGGUAGUAGAAUAUAUUGAUACUCUAGAAGAAGAAACAGUGAUGCUCGCAAUGACCCCAGAUGAUUUACAGGAGAAAGAAGUAGCUUAUUGUUCCACAUAUACGCACUGUGAGAUUCAUCCGUCAAUGAUUCUUGGUGUCUGUGCAUCUAUUAUUCCUUUUCCUGAUCAUAACCAGUCCCCUAGAAACACAUACCAGUCUGCUAUGGGUAAGCAGGCUAUGGGGGUUUAUAUUACCAACUUUCAUGUUCGUAUGGAUACAUUGGCCCAUGUUCUCUACUAUCCUCAAAAACCACUUGUGACUACACGGUCAAUGGAAUACCUACGAUUUAGAGAGCUGCCAGCAGGUAUCAACUCAAUUGUGGCUAUUGCAUCAUACACUGGAUAUAAUCAAGAAGACUCUGUCAUCAUGAAUCGUUCAGCUGUAGACCGAGGCUUUUUCAGGUCUGUUUUCUAUCGAUCAUACAAAGAACAGGAGUCUAAAAAAGGGUUUGAUCAAGAAGAAGUUUUUGAGAAGCCUACACGUGAAACUUGCCAGGGUAUGAGGCAUGCUAUUUAUGACAAGCUGGAUGAUGAUGGUUUGAUAGCUCCUGGGGUUCGUGUAUCAGGAGAUGAUGUUAUUAUAGGCAAAACAGUCACGUUGCCUGAAAAUGAAGAUGAAUUGGAGGGCACUAAUAGACGCUAUACUAAGAGAGACUGUAGCACUUUUCUCAGGACUAGUGAGACGGGCAUUGUGGAUCAGGUUAUGGUAACUCUCAACCAAGAAGGAUAUAAAUUUUGUAAAAUAAGGGUACGCUCUGUUAGAAUUCCACAGAUUGGAGACAAAUUUGCUAGUCGACAUGGUCAAAAGGGUACUUGUGGUAUUCAAUAUAGACAAGAGGAUAUGCCUUUCACCUGCGAAGGUAUCACCCCCGAUAUCAUCAUAAAUCCCCAUGCCAUUCCCUCUCGUAUGACUAUUGGUCACUUGAUUGAAUGUCUUCAAGGGAAGGUAUCAGCUAACAAGGGUGAAAUUGGUGAUGCCACUCCAUUCAAUGAUGCUGUUAAUGUACAGAAGAUUUCUAAUCUUUUAUCUGAUUAUGGCUACCAUCUCAGAGGAAAUGAGGUCCUAUACAAUGGAUUCACUGGUCGAAAAAUCACAUCACAAAUUUUUAUUGGCCCCACUUACUAUCAGCGUUUGAAGCACAUGGUGGAUGAUAAGAUUCAUUCUCGUGCUCGGGGACCUAUUCAGAUCCUUAAUAGACAGCCCAUGGAGGGUAGAUCUCGUGAUGGUGGCCUGCGUUUUGGAGAAAUGGAACGAGAUUGUCAGAUUGCCCACGGAGCAGCGCAGUUUUUAAGGGAAAGAUUGUUUGAGGCAUCAGAUCCAUAUCAGGUUCAUGUUUGCAAUCUUUGUGGAAUAAUGGCGAUCGCUAACACCAGGACCCAUACAUAUGAAUGCAGGGGCUGCCGAAAUAAAACCCAGAUCUCUUUGGUGCGAAUGCCUUAUGCAUGCAAACUGUUGUUUCAGGAACUCAUGUCUAUGAGUAUUGCACCUCGAAUGAUGAGUGUUUAGCUCUUUUAAAAAUCUUGUGUCUUGUUUCUAUGGUAUAGCUUUUUAAAAAAUUUUAAAACAAAAAUGCACUAUGAGAAAAAGCAUUUUAUUUGUUUUGUUUAAUGAUAUGCAU